AUGCAGAUGCCAGACAUGCCCGUAAAUGUCGCAGUCGACGACCCCAACGCCGACACGGAAUGGAAUGACAUCCUGCGCAAACACGGCGUGAUACCCGAGAAGCCGCCAUCGCCAACGCCCAUGAUCCAAGAAGCCCUGGAGCAAGCGCGACAACUAGCCCACGAGAACCGACUCGAAGGCAAAGACCUCGACGAACUCGACGAACUCGAAGAUCUCGAAGACGAUGACUUCCUCGACUCAUACCGCCAAAAGCGCAUGGCAGAGCUCUCGAGCAUCAACACGGCAUCCGUCUACAACCAAGUUUACCACCUACAAAAACCCGACUACUCGCGCGAUGUAACCGAGGCAAGCAAAGACGCAUAUGUACUCGUGCUGCUGACCAGCUCCACUGGAACGAAUACCGAAAGCAGAAUCAUGAUUGAGCACUGGCGGGAGCUAGCGAAGCGCUUUGGUGACGUCAAGUUCUGCCAGAUGAGAGCGGACUUGUGUAUAGAAGGGUAUCCGGAUAAGAAUACGCCGACGGUGCUGAUUUACAAGGAUGGGGAUAUCAAGAGGCAGAUUGUUACGCUUAUGCAGUUGGCUGGGCCGAGGACAAGUGUGCAAGAUCUGGAAAAGGUGUUGGUGGAUGUUGGGGCUGUCAAACUUGGUGAUUCGCGUUUACAGCAGAAGAAGGAGGAGGGAGAGGAAAGCUCGAAUAAGAUACGGCAAGGUAAGACCGUGGCCGAGGACGACGAUAGCGAUUGGGAUUGA